ACGAUAUUUUGCAGGCGCGAGGGUUUCUCACAUCACAUAUCCCCACAAUCAAAUGAUUCAAUUGUCUGCAUUUUGAAGUACGGAAGCUCGCAGAUUCAAGAACCAGAACGAUGCGGGGAUUCUGCAUAUUAGAUAUCGGGUUUUUCUGAUCUAUGAGUGCGUUUGGGCCUUCUUUUUACUAACCGUGAAGCAGAAGAGAAGGAAAAACCUGGCAUGAUGGACUCAAACUUGCAGCCUCUAACACAUGACAAUACUGAUACAAAAAAUGCAUUUCGCAAGCCUUCUGGUGAUGCAUCUCAUAGGAAUUAUCGCCGUCAUUCUCCAGCUGAUGGAUUGCCAUCAUCUGACGGUAGCCCUAAGAAUGAACGCAGCCCAGAUCCAAAUCCAUCGAGGGGAGGCUCUGUAAAUGUCUCUGACUAUCAUGCAAGGAAGAAUAAUGGUAGGGAAGAAGACAGAGAUUAUGGAAAGAAUCACCAUGGCAGGAGCAGUGAUUCUUUUAGACAUUCCGAUAGACAGUCAUCUCGGAGCUCCUACAGCCACUCUAGAAAUGAAGAUUACCCUAGACAUGACAAGUAUUCAAGGGGUGAUCAUACAAGAGAAGGGAGUGAUAAUAGGUCCAAAGAUCAUGCACACACUGCCGACAAAUAUUCUCGUGACAAGCAUGAUAGGUCAGAGUAUAGGGGCUCUGAUUAUAGGAGCAAGGAAAAGGAUAGAGAAACCUUCUCGGAGCAUCCAAAAUAUAAAGGGAAGGAUACUUUAUAUGAAAGAUCUGGAUCUGGAAGGAAGCAUUCUCCAUAUGAUGAUGUAGAAAGGGAGAGGCGUACAAGGGACAGUGAUUACCGAGAUGAAAGAAGAGAUUCACACAGAAGUUAUAGAGAUUACAGAAGUGAUCGGGCAGUCUCCUAUUCAGAGUCAAGGAGCCAAAGAGAUGACUCAGGUUCACGGAAAGACAGUGCUAAAUAUCGUCUAAAAGAAGCUUAUGAGAGUGAACAAAGGGAGCUGGAUGGUAAGAAAUCUGGUAGGGACUCAGAAAGUGGUGAGGACCUGGAUAGAAACACCAGAAAAGCUGGGGAGCAAAUCAGUAGUGAAGAUAAAGAAUCUUCUGUGAAAAAAACAAAGUGUUUUGGCACUGAAUAUGAUGAAAGCCAGACUUCAAGUUCAAAGCAUCCUCAGGAGAGUAAUGUGAAUUUAGGGACUACCCAGACCAGUGGUUCAGAAUUUGUCAAUGAUCUAAAUAGUGCAAAGGUUGCAGCCAUGAAGGCAGCUGAAUUAGUUAACAAAAACCUAGUUGGCGUUGGUUGCUUGACUACUGACCAAAAGAAGAAGCUCCUGUGGGGCAAUAAGAAGAAUACACAAGCAGAAGAGUCUGGUCACCGCUGGGAUACAGCGCUGUUUUCUGAUAGGGAACGACAAGAGAAGUUCAACAAACUCAUGAGUCUGAGGUUGCAUUGGUGCCUAUGGCCAAUUGUAGGGUGUGAAGGGCGAUCCCAAGGCGGAGCAAAGUCUCAACGACCAAAAUGUGGAGAAGCAGAGGGAACAGCUCCAAUUGGACCUGGAGAAGCAGUACACAGCAGGUCUCCGUCGAAGAGAUGGCCGUACAGUUGGACUAGGUCUUUAAACUUCCCCUUUAGAGUUUUGCCAUCAUUUGACCUGCCCUGUGUUGAUUGUUACGCUUCCCUGCUCUGGAGGAUCUUGUUACUUGUUUGUUUUAUUUGGGAGUAUGAUUUGAUGUCAGACUCAUGGAGUCUUGGCUGUUGGUGGGAGUUUUCUAGAAGACAGAAACUCGUUUAUGCUAUGGAUAUUCUUGUACUUUUAUCUCCAAUUUUACUCUGUGAGAACUAAAGAUGUUUAAAGUAACAUUUAAAUU